GCUAUCUUCCCCCUUUCUGUUGUUAAAAACCUAAACCCUAGAAUUGGAUCUUACUCUUUCACUUGAACAAUAAUCAUAACAAUAAUCGAAGUCAUGAGCGGAACAACAACAACAACGACAACAACAGAUGGAGGAAGUGUAGCGUCAUCAAUAAGAGAGAAAUCGUCAUCAUCAACAAUAAAAACACCAUCGGAUUUCCUCAAAUCAAUCCGCGGCAGACCCGUCGUUGUCAAAUUAAAUUCCGGCGUUGAUUAUCGCGGUAUAUUGGCUUGCUUGGAUGGAUACAUGAACAUAGCAAUGGAGCAGACUGAAGAAUAUGUUAAUGGACAAUUGAAAAACAAAUAUGGUGAUGCUUUUAUUCGAGGAAACAACGUUCUUUACAUCAGUACCUCCAAGAGUACCCUUGCAGAAGGCGCCUAGUUCACAUGCUUACAGCAGACCCAGCACAUCCUGCUUCAUUCCAUAUGUCUGGUGCUUUUCUCUUUUCCAGAUAUUAUGUGCUGCAAUUUUUCUACUUUUAUUAAUGUGAUGAACUCAAGAAGUUAUUAAGUGUGUAAUAUUUAACAGUUUUUUCUUAGGAAAUCUAAAAGCAGGUUUUUCGUCUA